GCAUGAAGAUUAUAUACAGAGGUUAAGAGAGGAGGGCAGUUAUGGGGCCAAUAAUUGUCAAAUAUUUGUUCUCAUCUGUUUAUCUGAUUUUUAGUUCUUUCUCUAUUUUAUUUUCUGAGUCUUCCUAUCUUCCCCCAUCUUGUACAUUACGGAGACAGUUUAAUCUUAAUGGGAUGCACAAACCUGGUGAUGUGAUUGUGGGUGGGCUGUUUGAAGUCCACUACACCUCUGUCUUUCCUGAGCUGACGUUUACCUCAGAGCCAAAUCAGCCCAGCUGCCAAGGCUUUGACCCUCCAGGAUUCAGGCAUGCCAUGACUAUGGCUUUUGCUAUUGAUGAGAUCAACAAGAAUUCCAAUCUGCUACCUAAUGUGACUCUGGGAUACAGUCUUUAUGAUAACUGUGCUACACUUGGUAUUGGGUUCAGUGCUGCAUUAUCACUGGCAAGUGGUCAAGAGGAGCAGUUUCUGCUUCAGGAGAACUGUUUAGGGACUCCUCCAGUUUUGGGUAUUGUGGGUGAUCCAUUCUCAACCUUUUCCAUUGCCGCCUCCAAUGUGCUUGGUUUAUUCAAACUGCCCAUUGUGAGUUAUUUUGCCACUUGUUCCUGCCUGAGUGAUCGCAAACAGUUUCCAUCCUUCUUCAGAACAAUCCCAAGUGAUGCUUUCCAGGUGCGUGCUAUGAUUCAGAUCCUCAAACACUUUGGCUGGACUUGGGCAGGUCUGCUGGUCAGUGAUGAUGACUAUGGACUCCACGCUGCCCGAUCCUUCCAAUCUGACCUGGUUCAGUCUGGUGGAGGUUGUCUGGCCUAUUCAGAGAUUUUGCCUUGGGGCAACAAUCCAAAAGAAUAUAAGAGGAUUGUGAAUCUGAUGACAAAAUCCACAGCUCGUGUGGUCAUAGUGUUUGCACAUCAGAUGCACAUGAUUCAACUAAUGGAAGAGGUGGUUAAGCAGAAUGUGACAGGCCUGCAGUGGAUUGCCAGUGAAGCUUGGACGUUAGUUGACGGGCUUCAUACCCCUGCCUUCAUGCCGUACCUGGGUGGCACACUGGGCAUCGCUAUCCGUUGUGGAAAAAUACCAGGACUCAGGGAAUUCCUGUUAGGAAUUAAUCCUGAUCAGCACCCCAACAAUGGCUAUGGAAAUAGCAUGGUAAAGCAGUUUUGGGAAUUCACAUUUCAGUGUAAAUUUGCACCACCUCCAGCCGGUUGGGUGGAAGCUGGGGGAGCAAUAUGCAGUGGUCAGGAAGAAAUAGAAAAUGUUGAGAGUGAGUUUUUGGAUGUGUCAGAACUCAGGCCAGAGUACAAUAUUUACAAGGCUGUGUAUGCUCUGGCGUAUGCCCUCGAUGACAUGCUGCAGUGUGAGCCAGGGAGAGGGCCUUUCAGCGGGCACAGCUGUGCUACUUUGCAAAGACUGGAGCCAUGGCAGCUUAUGUAUUACUUGGAAAAGGUCAACUUCACCACUCCAUUUGGUGAUGAAGUGUCAUUUGAUGAGAAUGGUGAUGCCUUACCAAUUUAUGAUAUCAUGAACUGGCUGCGGCUCCCUGAUGGAAGAACUAAAGUUCAGAAUGUGGGUGACGUUAAGAGGUCUGACUCCAAAGUUGAAGAACUCACAAUUGAUGAAGACAAAAUCUUCUGGAACUUUGAAUUGAAAGAGCCACCCAGGUCAGUGUGCAGCGAGAGCUGCCCCCCAGGUACCCGCAUGGCCAGGAAAAGGGGGCAGCCUGUGUGCUGUUUUGACUGCAUCCCUUGUUCUGAGGGAAAGGUCAGCAAUGAAACUGACUCCAUGGAAUGCACCAGUUGUCCAGAGGACUUCUGGUCCAGCCCGCAGCGCGACCGCUGUAUUCCUAAGAAAACAGAGUUUCUCUCCUACAAUGAGCCUCUGGGUAUCUGUUUGACUACCGCCUCAUUGCUGGGCACAUGUAUCUGUGCUGUUGUCCUUGGGAUCUUUACCUAUCAUCGUAGUACUCCCAUGGUACGUGCCAACAACUCAGAACUGAGUUUCCUGCUCUUGGUGUCACUUAAACUGUGUUUCCUGUGUUCACUGUUGUUUAUCGGCCGUCCCAGGCUAUGGACAUGCCAGCUGAGACAUGCAGCAUUUGGGAUCAGCUUUGUGCUUUCUGUCUCAUGUAUUCUGGUGAAAACCAUGGUGGUUCUGGCUGUGUUCAAGGCCUCCAAGCCAGGAGGUGGAACCAGUCUGAAGUGGUUUGGUGCUAUGCAGCAGAGAGGGACAGUUCUGGUUCUCACUUCUAUUCAGGCAGCAAUUUGCACUGCUUGGCUUGUUUCUUCCUCACCAGCUCCUCAUAAAAACACUCAAUACCACAAUGACAAGAUAGUUUAUGAGUGUGUAGUUGGGUCCACAGUUGGUUUUGCAGUGUUACUGGGAUACAUUGGCUUACUGGCUAUCCUUAGCUUCCUGUUAGCAUUUCUAGCAAGGAAUCUUCCAGACAACUUCAAUGAGGCCAAACUCAUCACUUUCAGUAUGCUGAUUUUCUGUGCUGUGUGGGUGGCUUUUGUCCCUGCUUACGUCAACUCACCAGGCAAAUAUGCAGAUGCAGUGGAGGUAUUUGCCAUACUGGCCUCUAGUUUUGGUCUCCUGGUGGCGCUGUUUGGACCCAAAUGUUACAUAAUCCUGCUUAGACCAGAGAGAAAUACAAAGAAAGCAAUCAUGGGUAGAGGCAACCCCAAGUCAUAAAAGUAGCAUUAACUGUAAAAUUAGCUAGUCUAAAUCAGCGCUUAUUUUGUGACAGAUCUGCCAUGUUCAACACAAGUAGCCACUCUUUAAUCCAAAUAUAAAUCUUUAUAAUUAAUGAAAAUGUGUUUACUGUAAAUAAUACAAUUAGAAAAAUGCUUUAUUAUUGCCGUUUUACUGGAUCACAGUCCUUGUGAGACUUUGAAAGGCUUUGCUUCAAUCUCAACCUGACAACCUAAAAGAUUAAAUUUAACCACAUUCACUAUCCACGCUACUAUCCACAAAGUAAAAUAAAUAGCAGUGGGCAGCAUCAGAAUACGGGUUAUGCUUCUAUGAACAUAUUCAUAUUUAUUUUAGACUGAGGGAAUGUUUUUUAUCCAAAUAAGAAAUAUAAUCAAAGAAAGCUUCGAUUAAGAUACAAUAAGAUAAGAUAAGAUAAGAUGUACCUUUAUUGAUCUCCCAUAUGAGAAAUUCAAGUCAGACACAGCAGCAUAGGGGCAUGUAGUACAAAGAGUACAGAGUGUACAAGUACAAUAAGAAUCACAAUAUAAAAAUAUUAACAAAAUAUAAUAGAAGAUAUUAGACUAUAAAUGAAAACUAUAUACACUAUAUGCAAUAUGCAGUACAAUUGAGAUAGCACUGAAAAAAAAAAAGCAGGACGGGAUCCAGGUUGAUGUUACAUUACCAUUUCAAUUUAAGAUAACCCACAAUCUUGUUGUAGUUGCAAUAUAAAAGUCCAAAGCACUCAAUAAAAUUUUCUGAAAUCCA